AUGACCAUUUUAUAUUCAGUUAUUAGUAGAGGAAUCACUAUUCUCACAAAAUAUGCAUCAUGUACUGGAAACUUUCAAGAAGUCACAGAACAAAUUCUCAAACAAAUUUCUCCGGAAGAUUCCAAGCUCACUUACAGUCAUGAUAAUUACUUAUUUCAUUACAUAUCAGAAAAUGGUAUUAUUUAUAUGUGCAUUACAGAUGAUGAAUUUGAAAGAUCUAGAGCAUUUCUUUUUCUCAAUGAAAUCAAAAAUAAAUUCAACAGCAUGUUUGGAACCAAAGCGCAAACAGCGAUUGCUUAUUCUUUAGAUUCGGAAUUUUCAAGAGUUUUAGCCAAUCAAAUGAAAUAUUAUUCGAAUAAUCGUAAUUUAGAUACAAUAUCAAAAGUUCACGGAGAAUUGGAUGAAUUGAAAAAAAUUAUGGUUAAAAAUAUAGAUAGUGUGGCCACUCGAGGAGAACGAUUAGAAUUACUUAUAAAUAAGACUGAAAAUUUAACUUCGACAUCUGUUUCAUUUCGACAAACCAGUAGAAAUUUAUCUAGAGCUCUUUUUUGGAAAAAUGUUAAAUGUUACCUUUUAAUCGGAGCCAUAGCAGUGGUUGUUUUAUACCUUUUAAUGUCUCUUGCUUGCGGUGGAUUUGCCUGGAAAUCCUGCGUGGGAUGA